AUGUGUGGAAGAUAUGUGCUCGCCCUGAGCCCGUCGCAGGUCCGCCGCAUGCUCGAGAAUGACGACAUGCUCGUCGACGAUGCGCCUGCCGACGAGGGCGACGGCGCUCCGAGGCAGAGCUAUAACUUCGCGCCGGGAUAUCAUGGGAUCGUGUACAGGGCAGACGUCCCGGAUUGGGGCGCGGGCCCCAGGAGGGAGGCUAAGCAGAAGAAGGGCGGUGCGCCCAGCGAGCCUACCACGACACACUACAAGCUGCAGUCUAUGAGGUGGGGUCUCAUCCCCUUCUGGACAAAGCGCAACCCGGACUACGCCGCGGUGAUGAAGACAAUCAACUGCAGGGACGACUCGCUCGCGCAGGCCGGCGGGAUGUGGAGCUCCAUGAAGGGCCGGAAGAGGUGUAUCGUCGUCGCGCAGGGGUUCUACGAGUGGCUCAAGAGCGGCAGGGACAAGGUGCCGCAUUUUGUGAAGCGCAAGGACGGGAGGCUGAUGUGUUUUGCUGGGCUUUGGGAUUGCGUCAAGUAUGAGGGUGAGUAUAAGGAAGACAAGAAUUACACCUACACUAUCAUCACGACCGACUCCAACAAGCAGCUCAAAUUCCUGCACGACCGUAUGCCCGUCAUCCUCGAGCCUGCCUCCGAGCAGAUGCGGACAUGGCUCGACCCAUCCCGGUACGAGUGGGACAAGGACCUUCAGGCUGUCCUCAAGCCCUUCGAAGGCGAGCUGGAGGUCUAUCCCGUCAGCAAGGAGGUAGGCAAAGUCGGGAACAACUCUCCGUCAUUUAUCAUCCCGGUCGCCAGCCGUGAGAACAAAUCGAAUAUCGCCAACUUCUUUGCCAAUGCCCAGGCCAAACAGGGUUCUCCCCAGAAGCCGAAGAAGGAGGGGGAGGAGGAUGUCGAGGUCAAGCAGGCUACGACCUCGUCGCCCGUGAAAGAGGCCAAGUCGGUCGACGAGGUGGUGAAGAAUGCAGAUGACGGCGGUAUGGGCGUCUCGUCUGCGGCUGCUGCUGGGGAGAAGAGGAAGGGAAAUGGUGAGGACGAUAUGGGGUCGGGAAAUGAAGAGCCGCCGAGGAAGAAGAAGGCUGUGGCUUCAUCGCCCCUCAAGGCCAAGCCGUCUCCUUCGCCGAAAAAGUCCGCUGUAAAAGGCGGGAGGUCGACCAGUGCGACGAGCAAUGGGACCAAGAGCCCCAUGAAGGCGAAGGGAACCGGAACACCAAAGAUCACCCAGUUCUUUGGGAACAGUGCCUGA